AAUUACUUUUUCAGUAUUACCCUUUAUAUCCUUUGUUUGAAGAAGACACUAUGUUUGAAGAAGACAUUUUGUUUAAAGAGAAUGCUUUGUUUGAAGAGAACAUUUUGUUUGAAGAUAUUUUGGUUGAAGAGAAUGCUUUGUUUGAAGAUAUUUUGGUUGAAGAGAACGCUUUGUUUGAAGGAGAUUUUAUAAAUAAUAUUCAUUUAAUUAAUGGCAUAAUUACUGAAACUCAAAAUUAUAGGCCUAAUAUUAUUCAAGAAGAGAGAAAUGAACAAGAUAAUAUAGAGCCCACUGAUAUCCAAGAAGAGAGAAAUAAACAAGAUGACAUAGAGCUCAAUGAUAUCCAAGAAGAGAGAAAUGUACAAGAUGAUAUAGAAGAUAAUAUAGAAAAUGAGUCAGGAAUAUUAAAAUUAGAUAUAGAUAUAGAAUUUGAUACAUGA